AUGGUCUCAUUGGCCGAAAUCACCUCUCAUCUAAUUCGUUUCGGUUACGUUAUCAUGUUGAUCCUCGGGAUAACAGGGCAUUUAUUAAACAUCCUUACAUUUCUAUCAAAAGAUUUCGGGAAAAAUGUUUGCGUAUUCUAUAUGAUAUGUUCCACUAUACUUGAUUUAUUCGCUAUCAACGGUGGUAUUAUACCUAUCGUCUUAAUCGAUUAUGCUGCAUAUAACAUACCAAAUGCAAAUCGUUUUACAUGCAAAAUAUAUUAUCAUGUCGUGUUCUUAUUUUGGCCCGCAAUGGCAUCAACUUGUCUCUUUUUAAUGACAUUUGAUCGUUGUCUGUCAACAUCGCGAAAUGUUCGUUGGCGGCGGCUUAGUUCGAUACCAUUCGCUAGACGUCUUUUCACCGUCACACUGCUUUUUCUUUUCGUUUCAAGUGCCUUUUGCUGGAUUGUUUAUGAUCUUUCUGAUGGUAUCUGUACAACAACAUCUAGUACUGCAGCAAUGGCUGUCGUUGUUUAUGGUAACAUUUUCAUUUCUCUCAUUCCUCAUGGAGGAAUGAUAAUCUGUAGUAUUGUCGCAUGGAUUCAUAUACGACAAUUGGCACACCGCAUCAACCCAAAUACCACUUCAAAUAAUGAAAGCUCUGCUGUUCAGAGAAUGAAUCGUCAAUUAUUUAUUCUAAUAUUUGUACAAGCUGGUGUCGCAGUUAUAUUAGAAUUUCAACGUAACAUCGUAGCGACCUACAGUUUGAUCACUAGCUCAAUGCAGAAGAGCAUUGAACAUCAACAGAUUGAAUAUCUCAUUACUCAUGUGAGCAUUAUACUUUAUACUAUAAAAUACAGCUUUUCAUUCUACUUGAAUUACAUGUGUAGCAGUAUGUUCCGCAAGACAUUUCAUAAAUGUGUGAAAUCAUUGGUACAACGAUGCUUUCGGUUCGAUCAGCAUAAUUAA